AUGCCAUACGCAGCUCCCUGCCCAACGCUCGGUCUUAUCCCCCUCACCGCAGCGUACCCGACUCCGCCGCCGUCGCCGCUCAACGACGACGCAACUCUCCCAGCCGUCGACCCCUUUGUCGACUGCCUGUGUCCAAAAGCGUCUUGCCCGGACCCAUUCCUGGUCGCAGCGGCCUCGGUCACUGCCUCCCCCGCGGCGUCGUCUCUCCCUCCUCCCCUCCCCGCACGCCCUCCCUCUCCUCCCCGUCCGUCUACUCCUCCCACACGUCCUCGUGUUAUCCGGCGCACACCGUCGCUUCUCCGCCUCUCGCCGCCCAGAGGAAUCCUCGGCGUCCUCGGUGGUGUACGCGUGCUUAAAAUCGACGCAGGUUCUAUCCUAGACAAGAUGCCAGCCUACGCGUCGUACACGGCCGCGGCAAUGGGCCUCACCGAGGCCGCCGACACGGACGUCGUCGACGCUCUCCUCACAUCACAGCGCAGGGCCAACGUUGCCGCCGAAGUCGCACGUAUCGACUCUGGCGCUCUUGGCCUCCGUCGUGCGCACUCUGAGACAGCCGUCACCCAGGUGCCCACUCCCGCGCCAGCACCCGUGACGUCUGUCCGCUCACGGUCGACACCUGUUCCCGGCCCCAUCUUUGUGCACCCUCCCACACCGACCCGUCCCAAGGACGAGGAUGACGCAUCGCCGGCACCCACAACACCUGUCCUCCCUCGCUCAUCACCCCGCGCCACUACUUCCCCGCGCGCCCCGGCACGUCUGGGUCUUCAGCGCAACAGCCCCGGCCGUGUUCCCUCUGGCUCUUCAUCUCCCGGUUCCCUCGGCAUCACCAUGCACGCCAACGUCCUUCCUGAAGUUCGUUCGCCUCGUCGCAACCCCGAGACCCUCCAGAGCCGCCGCUCUCGCCGUCCCCGUCUCUUCGGUUUUACUGGUAUCGGGGAUGAGUCGCCCGUCUCGUCGGCCAACCCUUCGCCCGAGAACCCCUCCAGCCCCGUGGUCGGCGCCUCCUCGAGCAGCUCGUCGUCGGCACCUAUGCUGCCCCGCCGCAGCCCGGCUCGUACCCGCAGCGACUCGUCGCUGUCCACCCUCCCCAACGCGGCCCCGCGUCGCGAGCGUCGCGACACUGGUCUCAAGCUCGACCUUGGCAACAUUGUGGCCCUCCCCUCUGAGCUUGUGCCCCACACCGUGUCCGUCGGGAUUGACGGUGUUGUCCCCUCGCCGCACCGCUCGGUCGUCAAGAAGAAGAGUGGCGAAGUUGUCAAGCCAGCGCUCAAGCCUGCUGGACCGUUGCUCCCCAACGGCACACCAGUAGACAAGUCGCGCUCGGCGUUUGGCGGAUCGCGCUCGUGCCCCACCACGCCCAGCUGUCCCAAGUAUGUCCACUUUGACGCCCAGCUGGAGCGUGUCAAGCUCUUCCUCCAGGACCAGAAGCCCCUGGUCGUCUCACGCCAGGGAUCGCCCACCGACGAGCUGUCCGAGACCGAGGACGAGACCAGCAAGCUCUUGCACGUUGCCCUGCCCAACUUCCCCUCGUUCCACGCACACGACGCCGACCUGUACCUCGAGUCGCUCUUCCUCAACGAGGACCGCGACUCGCUCCGUGGCCACAUUGUCGUGCGCAACAUUGCGUUUGCAAAGUGGGUCGCCGUCCGCUUCACGUUCGACUGGUGGCAGACCACGUCCGAGGUCACGGCAACGUACAAGGACUCGCUCCCAGGUGGCACCCACGACCGCUUCUCCUUUACCGUCAGGCUCACGGACCUGCUGGAGAACAUUGAGACCAAGACGCUGUUCCUGUGCAUCCGCUACACGACCGACGGCCGUGAGAUCUGGGACUCGAACGGUGGCGAAAACUACAAGGUGCUGUUUGAGAAGAAGGCGCCCGAGGCUCCUCGUGUCAUGGCCAAGCGUGCCACUUCCACGCCGCAGGGCAUGGGCAAGGCUGCUGGUCCCAACGGGUCGCCGUGGUCCGUCACUGGCUCGGACAACGACCGCAUGGCCGACCUGCGUGCCAAGCUCAACCGCCUCACCGCCGAGGACCGCGAGCUCAACAAGCCCAUCUCACCCAAGCGUCCCCAGUUCCGCAAGAGCCCCAACUCGUCUCCGUCGGUCCCCACCCGCAGCCUCCCCAGCCCCACCACAGACACAAAGGACGUCCCGCAGCUCCGUGCCAGCCUCGCCGACCGCUACGACUUUGGAGCAUCGCUCAAGUCGAGCCGCGACCUCUCGCCGACGCUGCGCGGCAAGGACCUGCCGGUGCGCUCCCACGCCGCGGCCGACUUUUACUCGCCGCGUCUCGGUGCCGGUCUCACCCUCGCUCCGGGCUCGCCGCUGUCGCCCAACCCGCACUCACCGCUCGGCGGCCCUCCCUCGCCGGCUAUUCCUCCCUCUCCUACCUCCCCUCUCGGCCCCGGCCGCGUCGAGCCUCUUGUCCCCGUCCCGCCCGCCCUGGCCAGCGGCAACUCGUCCUCGACCUCGCUGUCGAGCGACCACACGGACACGCCGGCCGACUCGCCCAUCUUCACGCGCACCCUCAUCCGCGACAACGAGAUCGAUGUCAGCAGCACACCGUCCGACACGACCGACUCGGCCCAGUCCGAGUCGCCCUCGACCUUGUCGCCGCCGGCCGACUCGCCCGUGUCGCCCUCGGACGUCUUCCCCUGGUCCCCCACGGGCAAGAACGACCGCAGCGUCGACGACAUGAGCCUCGCGUCAUACUCGACGUUUAUCGAGCAGUUUUGCUGGGGCGGCGCCGCCGACCCCAGCAAGCAGCACCUCACGUCCAACGCUGAGGUGCGCCGCGUGCACUCGACCAGCUCGCUCGACCACUACUUUUCCUCGCCGCCCGACGCGCUCACACCGCGGGCCUACACGCCCACGUACGGCCUGAGCCGCAGCGCGUCGCAGACGGGCAGCAGCGUCACCCCGCGCGAGCUGUCGCGCAAGGGCUCGCCCCCGUCGCGCGAGGACCUCGAGCACGUCGACUCGGCCAUCCGCAGCCUGAGCAACUCGUUGACCAACUCGCUCAACAACAGUCUCAACAACAGCCUCAACAACAGCCUCGCUGCCACCCCCGUCGAGGGAUCGCCCGUCAUGACCCCCGUCAUUCCCGGCAUCCCCAGCGGCCUCGGCACCGUUCUCGCUGCGUGA